AUGUGCUACAUAUACGUUUUUAUGCUGCACUUCAUCCCCUGUUUGAGCGUCGGGAUACUCGUAUGUGUGUCCAUAGAAAAGUACCUGGUUUCGAUGCACCCCGUUUCUCAGACCAGGACUCAACAAAUUCUUCGUCGUCGCAUUCGCUUUGUAAUGACGUUGGUCACUUGGGCCCUGAGCAUUGCCUCCAACAUACCGUACGCGGUGAACACUCGCCUCUAUCGAUUCAGUGAUACAGCGGCUGCUUGUGGGCGUACAGACACCUUACGAGUCUGGGUUACGAUAUCGUUCGUGCUUUGGUACAUUUUGCCGUUGGCGGUAUUGGCUAUGAUGUACACCAACAUUGGCAUGAUGUUAUGGCGAAGUGGCAGCUGUAUGAUCACCGUCACGAGGCCGAGCAGUGAUUCACAAAACAGCGCUCACCUGGGAGCCACCUGGCAGAUGUCGAAUGAUCGCCACUGUCGUUUACAAACUAGGAACUCCACUAUACUAGGUGCCCGACGACCACAAGUGAAAGACACGGCAGCGAGAUCUGACCGAGAGCCG